GCUUAUGCAUAAAAUAUCGUGCUCGAUGUGCAUAAAAAUUUAAACUUUCUUUUCUGCUUGACCGAUUUUUCAUAUACCUACCCACCUGACCCAGACUCACGGGAAAUCCAGUGAGUUGACUGUCUAUUAAGGCACACCUAAACGACUCACAGAUGUCCAGACAAGAUAUAAAGUUUGCCCAGCACUAUGUGGAGUGUACACAGUGUGAGGCGAACGCUGAAUAUUACUGUAACACCUGUACCGACAACCUGUGUCAGGUAUGCCGGGACCGUCACACCAAGAGCAACGCCACCAGAUCCCACGUCAUCGUCCCCUACCAGGAGAGACCGACGACAUCUCCAAACACCGAAUCCUGUCACAUCCAUCCAGAAUUCUCUUAUGACAUGGCGUGUCAGGAAUGCAAGCUUCCGGUCUGCUCUAGAUGUAUGAAGGAAAACCAUAAAGGUCACACAUUCAGAAACCUUGAGGACACACUAAAAGACAUCGAGAAACCCUGCAGAGAAAAGAUACAAAACGCGAAGAAGAAUAUUCUCCCAAAACUGCGCGACCGCUUAAAGAAAUUAUCUGACCAGAGAAAAAAGUCCAAGGAGGAAAGAACCGACAUAAGGAGACGACUGCGAGAAGAUGCAAAACAGAUUAAGGAUUUAGUAGACACCAUUCUCCAGGAGAAACUCGGAGAUCUUGAUAUCAGCGACAAAUCCCUGGAUGAGGAAUUCGAAAAUCAAACAGCCAUUAUAUCUCGUUUUAUAUCCAACUAUGAAGAUUUCAUCGACGGGUUUGAAGAUGAAGAAAAACGACCGUACGAGAAGCUAGCGCUGCGAAAUGAAAUACUCCAGUCUGAAGUUACAGAGCCUGAAUUACCAAGCCUAGAAAAUCCUCAGUACCAACUAGAAAUCAUCAACAAGGACGGGGUCAUGAAGCUGUUUGGAAAAUUAAGUAUGCCAAAGAGAUCUACGUAUGAGAAACAAAAACAAAAAAUUUCAAAAAAACUUAACGUGUCAAGAAAUAUUUCUAUCGGUUCUCCUAUAAAAUGUCUGGAGUUCGAUGUGCCCUCUACACGUUUACGUCAGAUUUCCUGUGUAUCUGUAGACAAAGUUUGGGUUGGAGAUAGCAAAGGCCAGAUCAUGCUCAUGGACAAGACUGGAAACAAACUGGACGAGAUUAAAACAGAUGCGUUCUCAUUGUACGGUUAUCACGCUGUAACUCACGACGGUGAUCUGCUGUACAUCGACAGAACAAACAACAGCAUCAAGAAAUACACAUCAGACAGGAAGACCACAACUGUAAUCAAAACCACGGGAGACUGGUGGCCCCGCAGUGUGUACUCCUCCCACAGGACCGGCGACAUACUGGUGGGGAUGACGACUGGUCACAACAAUAGAGUGGUCCGAUACAACAAGGAGGGUCGUGAGCUGUGGCAGAGUCAGUACGACGCCCAGGGUCAGCCUCUUUAUAGAUAUCCUAGAUAUAUAACAGAAAACGUGAACGGCGACAUCUGCACGUCAAACGGUAUCCUCAAUAAAGCCGUGGUGGUGGUGGACAGGGACGGAAAUCACCGGUUCUCCUACAGAGGGCGUCAGGACGAAUCAGAAUUCAAUCCAUUUGGAAUAUGUACCGACGUCCAGGGGCGGAUCUUGGUGAUAGUCAGUGUUGGCAAUGGUGACAGCGUCCACGUGAUUGAUCAGAACGGAGAGUUUAUCACCGUCCUACUGACCAGGGAUCAUGGAAUAUCUAGUGAAUACGGACUGUGUAGAGACAGUGACAAUAAUAUCUGGCUUUGUGGAGGCGGUACAGUCAAAAUGUACAAGUAUUUGAAUUAGUCGUGAAGUCACUGUUUCGGCUACUAUCCCUGUUUGAAGUAACAUGCAUUGCGUAGAUUUAAUAAGACUUGAAAUACCCAAACAACCGAUGACACGAGUUGGUCAUAAAGUCAUUGUUUUAGGCUGCCAUCUGUGUUUAAGUGCAUAAUACCGAACAAUCUGCACAGGGAAACAGUUUACUCAAAGCCAAGGUUAGACCAGAUACAAGAACCUUGAUGUGCCAGAAAGAAAAGUAACAUGUGAUUAGUGAGCAGCUGUGAUCUAAUAUUCACUCUGAAGAUAAAAUCCAAUGAUUCCUGUUUGAUUUGUUUCAAUUAAACUCUACAUAAUUGAA